AUGAUUCCAGAAAACGCUGUAUUGAUUAAACAAGGCGCUGAAGCACGCGUAUUCCACUUGCCAACUUUUCUUACCGUGCCAAAUGGCUGUAUUGCUAAAGAAAGAUUCAAAAAGACAUAUCGCCACCCUGAUCUCGACCAUUUCUUGACAACCAGACGUGUUGCCCAGGAAGCACGCUGCCUUUACAAGUGCAAAAAAGCAGGCAUGGACACACCCACUGUAUAUCACAUUGACAUGCCAACAGCAACCAUUUUUAUGGAAAACAUCACUGGCAUCACUGUCAAGCAGAGAUUGUUAGACCAUCAAGCGACUGAAUACAAGGAUGUACAUACAGACUCAUUAGCAGAGCAAAUUGGCACUUCACUUUCCAAAAUGCAUAGUUUGAAUGUGGUACAUGGCGAUUUGACAACCUCCAACUUGAUGCUUAGAGAAAAGGACGAUUCAGUGGUUGUUAUCGAUUUUGGACUAAGUUCCAUCUCUACAUUGAUUGAAGACAAGGCGGUAGAUUUGUAUGUGCUUGAGCGUGCGUUUGCAAGUACACAUCCACAGACUGAGUUUUUGUUUGAAAAGAUUAUGGAGCAUUAUUUGAAGCAUUCAAAGCAAUCAAAGCAAAUCUGGACCAAAUUGGAAGAUGUGAGAAUGAGAGGACGCAAGAGAAGCAUGGUUGGAUAG